CAAAGUAGCUACCUUCGUGAUCAUGAGCGAAACAUCUGAUGUCAGAAUGAGCGAUGCGCCUGCAACAGAAAAUAGCACAGGCGCAGAUGGUAUGGAACAAAAACUCGCCGAAUUGGAACGAAGGGUUCUGGAAUUAACUGGGUUGAUACGAAGUAAUGGAGGUCAUUCAACGACCGAAAGCGGUCAAAACCACAAUAGAGACAUCAUUUGUUGGAGAUGCAACAAAAGAGGGCACCCAAGACGAUUGUGCCCGAGAAAUGAAACAGACCAAAGAGAGACUAGGAGUGGGAGUAAGGGGAAUGAAAGCGGAAGCGAGAGAGGAAGAGGACGAGGGAGAGGACGUGGGAGAGGGAGAGGGAGAGGGAGGGGAGGAGGAAGAGGGACGAGACGAGCUGACAGAGCACAGAAGUACACAGUGUAUUUUAAUUAAAAAUUCAUUUAGAACUUGAAUAUGGUAUUUUUUAAAAAUCUACAUUGCGCAAUGAGUUUUAAAGUAAUAAUAAUUAUAUUCCCUUAUUC